GAAAGUAGCGGGAGGGCGACCGGGGUGAGGGUAUAUAUAGGAUGCGGCCGAGGUGUUGAGGCCAGUCGAUCCAGUUGGCCUCUCGUAAGGUGAUGUCCCUGUCCUCCCUCCUCGUGGUGGUGGUGGUGGUGUUUGGGGCUCAUACGGACGCCGCCCCUCAUUCAGUUUUCGAUGUUUCCCCCGGCAUGCGCGGGCAGCCCUGGCUCCCCGGGUACCCUCUCUCCUACUACCCCGCGCCCGACUUCUACCCCAGCACCGAUGACUUUCUGGGCACCCGCGGCGACUACUCAAAGUCCAGCAUACAAGAUGGUUUGAUCGGGGCCUUCAACCGUCGAGUCUUGGAGGCCCAGAGGAGAUACCAAGACGACCUCCAGACGCUGCGACGCCAACUGGAGGAACAAGGGCACCCACUGAGGACACCCGCGCCGGACAUGCCCUUGUACUUCCCCAUGUUCCCCUUCCCCAAUGGGCCGAAGGACGUGGGGAGCGAGGAGAAGAAGGAUGAGAAGAAGCCCGUGAAGGAUGAGGAUGAUGACGAAUCUAAGUCUGAUGAGGAUGAUGGUGGGGAUAGUGGGGAUAGUGGGGAUUCUGGGGAUAUCGAGGGCAUCUCCGUGGACUCCCCAACACCCGGCAACGAGUGGCAGGUGAUCCCCCUCCUCCCUGAAGUCCCGGACGCGGAUGACCUGCCCGACAAUUACGACAACUCCACCCAUGUCGUCCAUGUCAUCAACGGCUCGCGCGUGGAGGUCAACACCACCACCCACAAGGAGUCCGGAGAUGAUGUGACCACCUUCUUCCAUACCGAGGUGAUCAAUAUUCUGCCUGAGGAGACAAAGACGGAGGAGGACACGACCGAGGACCCCGUGGCCGAAGGAGAGGAAGGGGUGACUGAGAAGGCAGAAGGCCCUGACAAAGAAGAGAUUCACCACGCAGGAACCCUCAACAUACCGUCCGACUUGGCGGAACUAAUCAAAGAGGUCAGUUCGGUGUAAGGCGGGCCUGCAGAAAAGGGCGGCGGCAGAGCUGUGGCCUGUAGAGAUGCUGUGAUUUGACCUGCAAUGCUCCUGUGGCCUGUAGAACGCUAUGACCUGACCUGUAGUAUGCUGCGUGCUGGCUUGUGUAGUAUUGCUGUGGUGUGAGCUGGCGACUGCUGUGAUUUGAACUGUAAUGAUACUAUGCUAUGUGCUGGCUUGUAGUGUUGCUGUGGUCUGUCCUGUAGUGUUUCUGCGUGCCAUUGUGUUGCUGUGAUAUGUAGUGAUGCUGUAUAGACCUGUAGUGUAGUGUUGCUGUGUGUUGUAGUGUUCUGCUGUGCCUCUUUUUGCUGCUACCCUGAUGCUGUGCCUGGCUGAUACAUGUCUUCUACCUGUCUACCUUGUGUCUGUAUUUCUGUUAUUUUUUGCUUUUCUUGCUAUUUUCUUCUUUUCUUAUCAUCACCACCACCACCACUAUUGCUGCUGCUUUCAUUCCUACUACUACUACUACUAUACUACUACUACUACUACUACUACUACUACUACUACUACUACUACUGCAACACUAUCCUGAAACAACCUGAAUCUUUUUUUUCUGCCUGUAUAUUAUUUUGCUCUUUUUUCCAUUUUUUUUGUCUUUUAUCUUUUAUUUUGUUUAUUUGUCUUUUUUAUUAUUUUAAGCAAUACAUUUAGUUUGCUUUUUCUGUCUUUUGUGUAUUCAUUUAUUAUCCUCCUCUUCUUCCUCUUCUUUCAUUUUCUUCUCUUCCUCCUCCUCUUUCUCCUCUUCCCACUUCUGUUCCCUAGUUUCCCUUGUCCGCUCCUUCUCCUCCUCCUCUUCUUCCUCCUUCUCCUCCUCCUCCAAUAGUCUCCAGAAAGGGGGGGGGGGGGGUGUAAGGGGGGUCACCUGUGCGCCUUUCUGACCGGCUGUGACGCUUGCAUCUUACCUGUGCUUUUUUUUGGCCAAUAAAAUGACGAAGAUGUAGUUGAUUUUCUUACUGUGUGUUAUUAUUAGUUAUUGUUGUUGGUAGUAGGAGUAGUGGUAGUAGUGGUAGUAGUAGUAGUAGUAGUAGUAGUAAAGGUUUGGUAUGUAAUAGAAGUAGGAAGGAUAAAUAUGAGGAAAAAAAUGAAGAAAAAGUAAGAGAGAGAAAGAUAAAAGAUUAUGAUGAGAAAGAAAUCAAGGAAAAUGGAAAAGUAGAAAAGAGUGAAAAUGAUGAAGUAGGGGGAAUUGCAAAGUAGAAAAAUAAUGUAAAAAAAAAGAAAAUAAGGAAGAGGAAAAUACAACACGAAGAGAAAGUUCCAUAGACUUGCAUAGAAAUAAAUUAAGGAAAAUAAAGAUCAAGAGAAUGAAACUUUUAAAGAUGAUGAAAUAAAGUAAUACGAAGGGAAAAUUCCGUGCACUUAAACAUAAAAAAAAUACUCCAAGCCAUAGUUGUCAUGUGGUCUACGAGGGAUGGUCUGCCCCUAACACCAAACGAAAUCAGACCACCACACUAGAACAACACAUAAUAAAAGAAAAGAAGGAGGAAGAUAUAGAGAAAUAGAGAAAAAUAAAGAGGUAGACAGCAAAAGAAACCAAACAAAUUCACUUAACCAAGAAAAUGAAAAAAAGGAGGAGGAAGAUGUAGAGAAAAAAUAGAGGAAGAGAAAGAGAGAGUUAGACAGCAAAAGAAACGAAACCACUUAAUUAAACCCGCACAUAAUAAAUAAAAGAAGAUAGAUACAAAAAAAAACAAAGAGGAAAAGACAAAGAGUUAGACAGAAAAAAAAACACUUCACUAAACCAACACAAAAUAGGGAAAAAAGGAGGAAAAAGAUACAGAAAAAAACAGAAAGAGGAAUAAGGAUAGAAAGAAUUAGACAGCAAAAGAAACCAGACAAACCACUUCAUGAAACCACACACACGUAAACAAACAAACAAACAAAGAACUAACACCUGUAUAAAUCAACAUCUCAGGUGGACUCGAAGCGAAAGACCAAUGCUGGAAGGAUCACCAACACCAUCACCGAACACAACAGUGAUACCAGACGCGCGAGAGAAGCCACAGAGGACCGUUCAACAACCCCUUCGCCAACCCCUUCAUCGACCCCUUCACCGACCCCUUCAUCGACCCCUUCAACGACCCCUUCACCGACCCCUUCACCGACCCCUUCAUCGACCCCUUCACCGACCCCUUCAUCGACCCCUUCACCGACCCCUUCAGGACCCAAAACCCAGCACUUGGCAGCCUACGUGAAGGGGGGACCCGCCACGAAGGGGAAGGGGGAAGAGAAGGGGAAGGGCGACGAAACACCCCCCCGCGACCUAAGUGGCGAUACCCUUGUGAAUAUUCUCCCGGGCGGCAAGAAGGGAGGGAAGGAACUGGAGCCUGACGCGGAAAUCAUAAGCAGCGAGGAAUUGCUCUGAAGGGGAUGUGAUGCUGUUUAGAUGGGGUUGGAUCUGAUCUGAAGGGGGUAAAAGGGAUCUGAGGGCGUUAAGAUUGUUCUGAAGGGGAUGUUAUUGUUUGGAGGGGACUGUAAUACGGUUUAGAUGAGGUUGUAUACGCUCUGAAGGGGUUAAAAGGGUAGAAGGGGUUGUGAUGCUGUUUAAAUAGAGUUGGAUCUGAUCUGAAAGGGGUUAAAGGGAUCUGAGGAAGGUAAAAAGGGUAGAAGGGGCUGUGAUUCUGUUUAGAUAGGGUUGGAUAUGUUCUGAAGUGGGUAAAAAUGAGUUAGUUUCGAAUUUGUGAUGUUAUACUUUUAAAGAGAAGAGAAGAAGAAAAGAAUGAAAAGAAAAUAAGAAAAUAGGACGAAAAGCAGAAAAAAGAACAAGAACAAGCAGAGAAAGGAAAAGGAGAAGAAGAGUAAGAAGAAAAAGGAGGAGGAGGAGGAGAAAGCGGUGUUAUAUAAAAGAUUAAAAAAAAAUGUAAAUGGUAAAUGGUAAAAAAAAAUGAGUGUGAUAUGAACGCUCUCUAAAACUGUGAUGUUAUAUAAUUUUAAGGACGAAGAAGUGUUGAAAAAAGAGUUUGUUAAUAACGCUCUCUAAAAUAUUAAACUACAAAAUGUGUGACGACUUAGUUUUAAGAGAAAGAAAAUGUUGGUUAAGUAAAAAGCGAAAUUAUGUGAAAAAAAAAGAUAGAUUUCAUAUGUAAAUGAAGAGAAAUCUGCAAGAGAGAGAGAGAGAGAGAGAGAGAGAGAGAGAGAGAGAGAGAGAGAGAGAGAGAGAGAGAGAGAGAGAGAGAGAGAGAGAACAAGAAAAAUAUUACACAACAGAAAAAAAAAAGAAAAAAACAAUGAAUAAAAUAAAACCGAAGAAAAAUACGAUAAUAAGUAAAAGAAAACAAAGGAAAGACAAUUCGUAGAAGAAAACAAAAGAAGAAAACGAAGAAAAAGUUGUAGGCUUGAGCAGAAAGUUCCACUCCUCAUAAGGACAAUCAAAUUCAAUAGCCUGGGUACUACUGAUCAAAGUCUCUCUCUCUCUCUCUCUCUCUCUCUCUCUCUCUCUCUGACACACACACAUACACACGCACGGAAUAUUCAUAGCCUAUCCCUCCUUCUCCUCCUCUUCCUCCUCUUCUUCCUCUCUUUUCUUUUUCCUUUCUUCGUCUUUUCUUCUUCUUUUUCGUCUUUCUUGUUAUUUUUUCUCUUCUUCCUUCUUCUUUUUUCUACUUUUCUUAUUUUCUUUUAUUUUUCUUAGUAUUAUUUUCUUAUAUGAUUUCUUUACUUCUUUUCUUCUUUCUCUUUUCUUCUUUUUUUCUUCUUUCUUCGUCUUUUCAAUUUCCUUUUUCUUUUAUUAUUUUCUCCUUCAUCUCCUUAUCCUCCUCCUCCUCCUCCCCUUGUAUAUUUUAUCUUCGUCAUUGUUAACAUUCUCAGUGCGCGCGCUGAAAUUCUCUCUAGUUUAAGGAAAUGGUACAAAUGGAUCUAAUUCUACGUGCUCUGUGAAUGUUGUCUCUGCUCGCGUCCUUGUGAUGUGAUUCUUUAACUUACUUUUUCUCGUCUGCUUUAUUAUCGUUUCUCUUUUGUUUUGUUUUACUUAGUGUACGGCGUUAGGGUCUGUACGGCUGCAGAAAGGAAACGGAAAGAAUUGUAAAGGUACCAAAAGUGUUCCCAAAGCCGUGUUGGGAAAUUGAAUGGCAAAAAUGCUCGAAUAAGUGCAAGGAAGAGGAUUGAAAAUAAGUGAUUCGCGCAAUAAAAUUAUGAAUAUUGUACUGAGAUGGUAGGAAAGGAAGAUAAUAUAAUUUUAUGCCAUUGGAAAGCAGAAAAAAAGGGAAUCAGCAUAGUACGUCCAAGGAAUAGGAUUAUAAGUGAUUCAGGCAAUAAAACUGAAAAUUGUAGUUCGAUGGUGUAUUAUAGUGAGGAAAGAUCUAUAAUAUAAUGCCAUUGAAAAGCAAAAUACGUGAAUCAGCAUAAGACCAAGGAAUAUGAUUGAUAAUUAGUGAUUCGGGCAAUAAAACUGAAAAUUGUAGUUCGAUGGUAUAUUAUAGUGAGGAAAGAUCUAUAAGCAAAAUACGUGAAUCAGCAUAAGCCCAAGUAAUAUGAUUGAUAAUUAUAGUCGGUUUCACGAGAGCUGACGGGCCAAAUCCUUCAGGGGUGGACUCGCGUACUUGGCAUCAUUGCUUGGGUGACAGUCUCUGCGUCGUUCAUUGGCUGUUGUUUACUACAUCUAACCUACCGCUACAUAACCUACUAUCUCUUGCUCUCUGCUCCCUCUUUAACUAUAGUGAUUCAGGCAAUAAAACUGAAA